UAUGUGGGCAUGGUGCCGGACGGGGCGACGGCUGGGGACAAGAUUGUUGUGCUUCCAGGGGGGAGGGUGCCGUUCGUGCUCAGACGGUUGGGAAGUGGGAGGUACCGGUUGGUAGGGGAGUUUUAUGUGCAUGGGAUGAUGUAUGGGGAGGCA